CACAAUUUGGCAGUACUUCCUGCGCUACAUGAGUUAUUGGCAAUACCUUCGCCGUAUGUGAUCGGUGACAUAUUCUAUUACAACCUUACUUAAUACGUACCUCCGAAUUACUGUACGGGAGCUCUGGAAGCCCCUGCGCAUUGCGUUGCACAUCAGCUCACCUGCUCAUUCCAAAUCAACAACAGACUUCGUCGCUCCGGUCGAUAUUCGUUGCAUACGAGCCAGAAUUGUCCUUGCUUUGGUCAUACGAUGGCGCAAUACUUUUUCGACCUUCUUUACACCUUCACGGAUUGCAUGUGUUGCUUUCCUAGUUCUCCACAGUUGAAAAUCAACAACCGCAGUUUCAAACUACUCCGGUUACUAGGCGAGGGAGGAUUUUCCUAUGUCUAUCUGGUGCAGGAUAAAAACACCUCGGAAUUGUUCGCCUUGAAGAAAAUACGAUGCCCAUUCGGCCAGGAAUCCGUAUCGCAAGCAUUAAAAGAGGUCGAAGCAUACAGUCUUUUCACUCCGCAUCCCAAUAUCAUUCGCUCUUUUGACCACUGUGUGGUGAACGAAUCCGCGUCCAAGUUCCGAGGUGGUGAUGAUUCAAGCUCAAAAACUGUCUACAUUCUUCUCCCAUACUAUCAGCGAGGCAACCUCCAAGAUGCCAUCAACGCGAAUCUCGUCAAUCAUACCAAAUUUCCCGAGAAGGAAUUGAUGGCGCUCAUGUUGGGUGUCGCCAAAGCUUUGAAGGCUAUGCAUCAAUAUAAAGUAAAGAGCGGGCCUGCAUCUACUCGCCAAGCCAAAAGUGUACGGAGAGAGGGAGAACAAGCGGAUGAAGAGCUAUCAAGGAAGCUCGGAAAGCCAAAGCGACGAAAUACACAUGGAGUGGACGACGAUGUUGAGCAGGAACCAUUGAUGGAUGAUGAAGUGACUCAAAGUCAGGAAGGUGUGGGUGAAGGGGAAUUUCGCCCUUAUGCCCAUCGAGAUAUCAAGCCUGGGAACAUUAUGAUUGACGACGACGGGAUAACGCCAAUUUUGAUGGACCUGGGCUCUUUGGCCCCAAGUCCAAUUGCAAUAACCUCACGCUCCCUAGCCCUGGCGGUACAAGAUACGGCAGCAGAGCACAGCACCAUGCCAUACCGAGCUCCCGAAUUAUUCGACGUGAAAACUGGUUCUAUAAUAGACACCAAGGUUGAUAUUUGGUCGCUUGGGUGUACCCUUUAUGCUUGCUUAGUUGGCAAAAGUCCAUUCGAAGCCCGCAGUGAGGAAACUGGAGGCAGCUUGAGCAUGUGUGUUUUAGGUGGUGAUUGGCGAUUCCCAGAUGAAAACACAAGCAGUGCCAAAGGGAAAGCAAAAUCCAAUACUCCGGCUGCUUCCGGAUCGUCGCAGGCCUCUAACGAGAACGGUAUCAGCGAGCCUGUCAAGGAGAUUGUCAGGAAGUGUUUGCAGGUUGAGCCUGCGGAUCGACCAGAUAUUGAUGAGCUUAUUCAACUCAUUUCAAAAGCGAUCAAAUCGUUACCUGAUGCCGAGUAGAUAUCCUGUUGUCUUUUUAAUUUUGAUGUCCCUCUUGUUCUAUUUUCCUGUGAUAUUACUUGGUCAUUGGCGUUUAUA